CCAAAACUCACAACAACAAAACCUCACCAAGUAUAACUAGUACUACAACCAUAUAUUUCCUUCACAUUUCCACAUUUAUCAGUUACCAAUCCCCAAUUGGCGUUGCAUACUUUGCCUUGUUUGAUACAUUUUCAUAUUGAACCUUACCGAAAGACAGCUAGCUUGCAAUGGAGGCGGUAACAGAGAUGGCGUCCGAGAGACCAGUGGUGAUCUUCAGCAAGAGCUCAUGCUGCAUGAGCCACUCCAUCAAGACCUUGCUUUGCGACUUUGGGGUGAACCCAGCAGUGUAUGAGCUGGAUGAGAUGCAAAGAGGUAGAGAAAUAGAGCAAGCUCUGUCGAGGCUUGGAUGCAAUCCAUCUGUGCCGGCUGUGUUCAUUGGUGGUGAAUUUGUGGGCGGAGCCAAUGAGGUCAUGAGUCUUCAUCUUAACCGCUCCUUAAUCCCCAUGCUUAAGCGCGUUGGCGCAUUGUGGGUUUGAUCAAUCUAAUCAUCAUCAAGUUAACUAAGCUCUUGCAUGACUGCAGGCGCACUAUUAAGAAUCUUAAUUAGCUAUGCACGCAUAAAAAAUUAAGUGUCGGACGAUAAUAUAUGGCAUAUAGAGCCUGUGAGAGUGUGAGAGUUUUUUAAUAAGGCUACUAUUGCUACUUUAUUAGUAUUAAUUAAGUACUCUUAUUAGCUUCUCCGUAAUCCUAUGUUACACUUCGUGUUAUUUUCCCGAACACCUUGAAAGGGUUGAUAUUUGUGUUCA